AUGCCAAAUUCCUCACUCUCAAGAGCCCUUUUAUACGGUACACUUUCCGAUUAUGACCCCGUCUUUCUCGACCGGUGUCUGGUCCGGCAUUCUCACGGCGGCAUAUGGUGGCCCGAGAGCUGCGUGCUUGGAUUAGAAACUGAUGACAGUAAGCCCACCAGUUGCAAGAAACAUGGGCCUGAGAUUCAGUUUUCUUUCAGGAUAGAAGGCAAAGCCCGAAUUACUGUGGGUAUUGAGGUUUUGAAGUGUUUUGCGAUGAGAAAAAACGAGACUAUGCUUUUACUGCCUUCCUCUGUACAAGUUGCAGUAAAGCACAUCGACUAUGCUACUCAACAAAUUCAUCUUUAUGAUCCUGAAAAUUGA